ACCCUGCCGCCGAGGGGAAAACCGGGUCUGCCGUUGGUUCUAAAGCCGAGAGGAGCCUUCUUCCCCUAGCCCGGUCUCAGUACUCUGGCCCCCGCGGAGGCCCCGCAAGCCCAGCAGGCACUCUCUGGCCUGUGGCUGGCCUCUGUCUCCCCGCCUCGUUGCUCCGGGUUUCUUUUCAUUUUCCCGCGGAAACAACUCUUGAAAACAACCAACCGCGGCCCGGAGUGUUGCAGCCUGGCCAACCAGAGCGGUGGGCGGCGGCGGCGACUGUGCUAGGCUUCUGGCCAGGGAGAGCCCGGCCUGCGACCCGACGGUGUCCCACGGUGCACUAGUGGGUGGGUGAGUGGGACAGCAUCCUUGCGGCUAGGGCGAAGGCAUCAGUGCGAAUGGUCGCAAGAAAACCCUCUGGGUAACGGUGCUCUACCGCAGCGACAAUGUCCAGCCAGGUCGUUCCAGCCCUCCCCAGACCAUUUUCCAGUAACCUGGACCUGUGGAGGGAAAAGAACGACGGGCUUGUUGGACAGGCUAGGCAGCUGACUAAGGAUUCUCGUUCUUCUCUGAGGCGACAGCAAUUGGCCCAAGACACACUGGAAGGGUUUGGGGAGCUCCUGCUCACUCUGCAAGGACUCCCUGCUGCUGUUCCUGCUCUCCCUUUGGAGUUGACCAUCAUCUGUAAUUAUAUAAUCCUGAGGGCUAGCCUGGCCCAGGACUUCACUGAAGACCUUUCCCAGGAUGUUCAAAGGGGCUUAGAGAGAGUGCUGGAGACCCAGAAUCAGCUGGGGCCCAAGUCGCAGCCCAGACUCAGGGAGCUGUGGGACUCUGUCCUCUCUGCUUCCUCCCUUCUACCGGAGCUGCUGCCUGCCUUACACUGCCUGGCCAGCCUUCAAGCUGUCCUAUGGAUGAGUACUGACCACCUAGGGGACCUGACCUCGCUGUUGCAAACCCUGAAUGGCAGCCAGACUGAGGAUCUGCUGGUACUGCUGAAGUCCUGGAACCCCCCAGCUCAGAAGUCACUUGCUCCACUGAUGCUGCAGGAUGCUGAGGGGUUGAGGGAUGUCCUUCUGACAUCAUUUGCCUGCCGCCAAGGCCUCCAGGAGCUAGUCACAGGGAGCCUAUCCCGUGCUCAGAGGAGCCUGCAUGAAGCAGCCUCGGGUGUGUGUCCACCAUCUGUGCUAGUCCAGGUGUACACAGCGCUGGGGACAUGUCUCCGUCAGAUGGGAAACCCACAGAGAGCACUGCUGUACUUGACCGAAGCCCUCAAAGUGGGAGUUGCCUGUGCCCUUCCCCUUCUGGAGGCUUCUAGAGUAUAUCGGCAACUAGGAGACACAGCAGCAGAGCUGGACAGUCUGGGGCUGCUGGUUGAGGCCUUGAGUGCCACCCAUAGUUCUGAAACACUCAAACUUUUCAUUGAGGUGGAAUUGCUACUUCCACAACCUGACCCAGCGUCUCCUCUUUACUGUGGUACACAGAGCCAGGCCAAGCACCUGCUAGCAAGUCGAUGCCUACAGACAGGGAGGGCGGCAGAUGCUGCGGAACAUUACUUGGACCUGCUGGCUAUGUUGCUGGGUAGCUCAGAGCCACGGCUCUCCCCACCCACCUCCUCUCCAGGGUCCUGUUUGCCAGAGUUGUAUCUGGAGGCAGCAGCAGCACUGAUCCAGGCAGGCCGAGCCUUGGAUGCUUUGACUGUAUGUGAGGAACUGCUUAGCCGUACUUCAUCUCUGCUUCCCAAGACGUCCUCCUUGUGGGAAAAUGCCAGAAAAAGAACCAAAGAACUGCCAUACUGCCCAAUUUGGGUCUCUGCCACCCACCUGCUUCAGGGCCAGGCCUGGUCGAAACUAAAGGCUCAAAAAGAGGCACUUAGUGAUUUUAGCCAGUGUCUUGAGCUGGUCUUUCGGGUCCUACCUAAGGACAAACAAGGUGCAGGCUCCACCUGUGAGCAGAAAUGCAGUUCUGAUGUGGCACUGCAACAGCUUCAAGUGACUGCUCUGAUUAGUCGUGGACUGGAAUGGGUGGCCAGUGGCCAAGAUAACAAAGCUUUGAGAGACUUCCUCCUCAGUGUGCAGAUAUGCCCAGGCAACAGAGACGGUUCGUUUUACCUGCUUCAGACUCUGAAAAGAUUGGAUCGGAAGAAUGAGGCCAUUGCUUUCUGGCGGGAGGCCCAAACCCAACAGCCACAGGAAGAAGCUGCCUGGUCUCUCCCAUUGUAUUUAGAAACCUGUUUGAGCUGGAUCCGUCCUCCUAACUGUGAAGUCUUCCUGGAGGAGUUUGGGACAGCGCUGUUGGAGUCUUGUGACCUAUAAUCUCCUUGUUUCCAGGAGCCUGAACUUUGGCCUGUGUGGGCCAUCUCUGUGGGGAGGGUUUUUGUUUUUGUUGUUUUUUGUUUUUUUUAUUUUUUAUUUUUUGGCUUAUCCUCUUUGGAGAAUGGCUAGAACUUAUUGUUUCUAUAUAACUACUCCACCUGUGAGGUUGGUCCUGUGAACCUUGGUCUACUUACUGCCAGUCUAGUUCCUGAAUCGUUCCAUCAACCAAUCAUUGACUUUGCUUGUGGCACUAUUUUUUCUUUUCUGUUUUCUUCCCUUUCUUUCUUCCUUCCUUCCUUCCUUCCUUCCUUCCUUCCUUCCUUCCUUCCUUUCUUCCUUCCUUCCUUCCUUCCUUUCUCUCCUUGUGUGUGUUGAGUAACAUCUCAUAUUUAUCUUUUAUCUGUUCACUAUGCAUGGAUGAAUGGGAAGGCUCAUGGUGGACCACUUGGGUGUUGGGUAUUUAAGGUGUUCUAUUCCCAGCAUCCAUCUUCUGUCUGCCCUCCCUGAUUACCCAACUCUUCUCUUCCCUCCCACUUUUCUUUUGGUAGGUUGGAUUCUGGGGACUAAACUCCAGUUCCUCACACAUAAGUUCCCAGUCCCUAUACCUCACCUACCCCAUCUAUCUUAAGUGUGAGUAUGAGGAAGAGGCUAUUAAUCUUCGUGGGGAAAGAGUGAAAUAGUCCUCUUUAAGUUAUUAUUAAAAUUUUUAAUUUCUUAUUUUAA